ACAAAAAAAAUUUCUAGGGUUUUGGAGAGUCGUAUCGCAUUCGCCGUCUGUGAGCAAAUCGACGAAAAUGGGGCACUCCAAUGUGUGGAACUCUCAUCCGAAGAAGUACGGCCCUGGAUCUCGUACCUGCCGUGUGUGCGGGAACUCGCACGGGCUGAUCAGGAAGUAUGGAUUGAACUGCUGCAGACAGUGUUUCCGCAGCAACGCUAAGGAAAUUGGAUUCAUCAAGUACCGUUAAUCAAGCACCAACUUCAUGAUUGAUGCUUAUUAUACACACAUGAUGGCGUCGAUGGGAUUUGGCUUUUGAAGCUCUUGUAGUUUUGAUGUUUCUUUUACUUGUGAAACCUUGUUGUUUUGGGACUUGUUUGGAUCAAUGAAGUUUUUAGUGUUAUUCUCGUUGGUUUUGUUUUAUCAGUCAAAUUUUUUAUCAAGAAUUUGAAGGUAUGUUCUUGUUGAAGUCGGACAUUCGAAAUCUUUGAACUACUCUGGGAAAAGUUGGAUAAGCAAAUUUGAUAUCUCUA